AGAACUCGCAAAUAAGUUUCUGUGGCAAGAAAGGUAGAUUUCACAAGUUCACCCUGGCUUUAUUUACAGAAAGCAGGCUAUGAACAAAUUAACCAAGAUUUGGGCCAAACACAAACCAUGGGUUGUGUUUGUUGUCACCUGUAAGUUCACGUCCAUCGCCAUCAUAUUUUACUGGCGAAUCACCAGUGGCCCCAAAGACAAGACCUGGCUCUACAGCUUGCCUAGCGAUUAUAAAUGUCCCCUCGCUGCACCUUCUAUCUCUCCUCCAUCUGCCUGGUCUUCUCUUUUGCCGAAGAAUGUAUACUUUCUGGAGACCUCAGAACAAACCAAACCCAACUUUCUGUUUAUGUGCUCUGUUGAAUCAGCAGCCAGAGUUCACCCAGAAGCCAAAAUUAUUGUACUUAUGAAGGGCAUGGCAAAGCAAAAUUUUACUUUACCAAACUGCUUGGGCAUUUCCUUGUUCAGGUGUUUCAGUAAUAUCGAAAUCAAGCCUUUGGACAUGAAGGACAUUUUAAUGGACACUCCCCUGGCUAACUGGUACUCAGUUGCGCAACAGAGAUGGGAACCUUUUUUCUUGCCUGUUCUUUCUGAUGCCUGCCGAUUAGCCGUCAUGUGGAAAUUUGGAGGAAUCUAUUUAGACACAGAUGUCAUUGUCUUUAAGAGUUUAAAAAACCUCACCAACACGCUUGGUAUCCAGAGCAAAUAUUUACUGAAUGGGGCUUUCCUCUCUUUUGCACCAAGACAUAGAUUCAUAGAGCUCUGUAUGCAAGACUUUGUGGCCAAUUACAGCAGAUGGAUCUGGGGAAACCAGGGCCCACAACUCUUCACCCGGGUGUUUAAGAAAUGGUGUUCCAUUCGGAGCCUCCAGAGCAGCAAAGGGUGCAGAGGUGUCACUGUUCUUCCGCAAGAAGCCUUUUAUCCCAUUCGUUGGCAGGACUGGAGGAAAUAUUUUGAAGAGAUCAAAGCAUCAGAGCUUUCACAGCUGUUCAAACAUACCUAUGCAGCCCAUGUCUGGCACAAGAAAAGUCAAGGGAUGCAACUUGAUAUCACCUCUAAAGCGUUACUAGCUCAGUUGUAUGGCCAGUAUUGUCCCUCAACCUAUGAGCUAAUGAAGCGUUUUCAAUAAAGUUUUUGCACACAUCCUACAGGCAGUGCCCAAAAUCUGUCUGUUUCUUCAGGUGGUGUGUGUACUUACAGAAGACAAAACUUACACAAAAUAGUAUUUGCCAGCUGAGUUUUUUUAAAAAAGAGCAAAAUCAAGAGAAAUCAAGUGACAUCUGUAAGACAAACCAAGCUUAUUCCAGCAGAAGUGUUUGGCAUAGAAAAUCUUUUUAGGGGCUCUGACAAGCCUUUUUUUCCCUACUGAGGGGACACACACCACUUCCUAAGAUUUUGGGGCUCUAGGUUCAUGUUGAAUUAUAAACCUCCCCCUCAGUUUCCAGAUAUUCUAUAUGUAGCAAGUGUGUAGGUUUUGGGUUCACUGGUGUGAGAUAAGUUUUGUGGUCAGAAGGUGAUUAUUGAGAUCACUGAAACUCAGAGGCGUUUCUAGGCGAACUGGAGCCCAUGGGCAAAACCUGAGUUUGGCGCCCCCCCCCCCCCCCAUGGGCGGCCACCCUCUCCCCACCAUAAUGAUUUUUUACACCAGGUCAUUUCUAAAUCAUCAUCA